AUGCUGACCAAAGCUUCUUGGACACCCUUGGUUUUGGUUACAUGCAAACACAACCAGAAAGUCCAAUUGGAGAGCAGGCAACUCCAUCAACUCAGCAUCAAGCAACACCAUCAACGCAGCAACAUUCUGCAAUAAUAGAGAAAGGAAAAUCCAACAAAGGAAAAAAUUGGUGUAGUGAUGAGGACAAGGUUCUCAUAGCAGCAUGGGCAAAUACAAGUUUGGAUAUUGUUGGGACUGAUCAAAACCGAGAUGCUUAUUGGGCUAGAAUUUCAGAGUACUACAACACACACAAGGAAUCGUCAUGGCCGGAGCGUAAUCCUAAUGCAAUCAAUUGCCGUUACACAUUGAUUAACAGAGAGACCUCCAAAUUUUGUGGUUGCCUUCAGCAGAUUUUAAAUAAGGAAGAAAGUGGAAGGACUAUAGCAGAAAAGACAAACGAUGCACACAUUCUGUUCAAGGAAAUGGAUGUUAAAAAAAAACGGCCUUUCACAUUGAUGCAUUGCUAUAUAGAGUUUGCAAAGUAUCCAAAGUGGCAGACAAGAGAACUUGAAACUUCUCUUAAGAAACAAAAGAAAACCAUUGAUGAAAGUCCAGGCAGAGCCACCAAUGAUCCGUCAGAUGCAUCCUCGGUACGCACUGAUGCAACCUCGAUACACACUGAUGCUCUUGAACAUGAGAAAAGACCUGAUGGUGUUAAGAAGGACAAGAGAGGUAAAGCUGAUGAGAAUGCUUGCAAGCUGUCAUUAGAAACUGUGUGGGCAGCAAAGCAAGAGAAGGAUGAGAUCAAAGAAGCGGCAAGAAAUGCUCGCUAUGCACAGCAAUUUGAAUUGCGAAAAGAGGAGAUUGCACUCAGAAAGAAGGAGGAUGCACGAAACGAGAGGGAGGAUGCACGGAGACAGUUUGAAUUAGAUGAGAGGGUCAUGCUGAUCGACACUAGUGGUAUGACUGAUGUGCAAAAGCAGUUCUACCAAGCUAAGCAGAAUGAGAUCCUUGCUCGAGGCCUAGAGUAAUGUGAGCUAUUUGAUAUGUGAGCUAUAUGAACUAUUUACUGCUUUCCGCUAGUUGCUGUAUGAACUAUUUGAUAACAUCACUCAUUGCAUAAAUAUU